AUGAAUAAUGACUUUGAAAAAUUCAACCAAUUCACGGAAAGAGAUGGAUUUGAUAAAGAUCAAAGACUGUAUAGCGAAUUAUAUCCAUAUUCUUCCGAAGGAUAUUCAUUGCUUGAAUUAUGUUGUUACCAUGGAGCAGUUGAUUGUUUCAAGUUAUUAAGAACAAAAUUUAGUUCAGAAAUUACUCAAAAAUGUCUUCAUUUUUCAUUUUUAGGAGGAAAUCCAGAGAUCAUGAGUGAAUGUUUGAAAUAUCAAAAACCAGAUGAAAAUUGCAUGGAUUAUGCAAUUAUUUCACAUAACAUUGAUUUUGUUACAUUCUUGAAGAAUGAAUACAAUAUAUAG